UAUUAUUUACCGUUACCUAGGUUCCAUCCUCGGAAAAAAUGAGUGAUACAGCUAAGGAGGCCACUCCAGAUACAGAAACAACAGAGAAAAGAAGCAAGUCACCUGUUCUGCCUAAAGAUGAGGCUCAUGAGCCGGGAGAGGAUGCUCACCAGAAUCUCGCCAUAACAGCUUCUAGUGUUGAGGAUGCUAAUAUCAGUGCUAAACAAGAGUUGGAUGAAGAGGAAUCCUCAAUGGCUAUGGACGAAGGAGAUGGUGAUGUUAUUAAAAAGGACCAGUCAUUGGUGACAAAACAGAUGAUUGCAGAGGAAGAACAACUGAACAAGGAGGGGGAAGAAGAAGAUAAAAAACAGAGAGAUGAACAUGCAAAGUUAUGGGAGGAUCUGGACAGUGAGAUAAAAGAACAACGUUACAAGAGGCUGCAGUUUUUAUUGAGUAAAAGUAACAUGUACACUCAGUACCUACUGGAAAGGAUGAAGAAGCAGAGCGAGGAGGAGAAAAGGAAAAAUGAACUAAGGGAAAAACGAAGAGUAAAGGCAGAGGAAAAGAAAAAGAAGGCACUUGAGGAGCAAGAGAAGGCAAAGAGUCAGGAAAUCGCAAAGGAAGAAGAUACAGUGACACAAUCAUUGUCUUCCCCGCUAAAAUCCUCCAUACCUCAGCAUUCUGGCUACUCACCUCAGGCAGCGGACAUAGCUCCAUCACCGAGAUCCACACGAACCAGGACGUCUAAGAAAACCCAGAGUUCACAAAGUUCACAGGGGUCACAAAAUAGUUCUACAAGUGAAACAGAAACCACUGGUAAGAAGCGUGGAAGAAAACGAAAGGUUGAAGCGGUAGAGGGAGCUAACAUUUCAAAGUUUUUCAAUCCAAUGGAAAAGAAACCGAAGAAGGAUGAUGAGAAAUCUGACUCUGCAGAAAAAUCAAACACAACUGAAAAAUGCAAAACCUUACAAUCUAGCAAAGGUGAUCCAUUAUUGGAUAAAACACCCCUGGAAGAAAAAACAGAGGAAGAUAUGAAGGUCAAUGAGGUGAACAGUGAAACAAAGCUGGUAGAAGAUGAUGAUGAGACUGAAGAAUAUGAUACCAGCAUGCCAUUUGUGCAGCCAAAACUGUUCAGUGGUGGAACACUGAGACAAUACCAGUCAGAAGGAUUUACCUGGCUCAAGACGCUGUACGAGAAUGGCGUCAAUGGUAUCCUUGGUGACGAGAUGGGGCUGGGAAAGACCAUACAGUGUAUAGCGAUGUUGGCUCACUUGGUAUCGAUGGGUGUGCCUGGGCCUUUUAUAGUCUGUGCCCCGCUCUCUACUCUGCCUAACUGGUAUGCAGAGUUCAAGAGGUUUGCGCCGAAGGUGCCUGUCAUUCUGUACCAUGGACACAAGGAUGAGAGAACUCGGCUCAGGAUGAAGAUGUACAAGAAGUAUUCUGUGAAGAAGGAUGUGGAAGUCCAGCCAGUAGUUAUCACCUCCUAUGAGAUCACAAUUAUCGACCGCAAGCUGCUCAGCUCCUUUGAGUGGAAAUAUCUCAUAGUAGACGAAGGUCAUCGCAUCAAAAACACACAUUGUCGCUUGAUCAGGGAACUUCGCCUCUACCGGAACACACACAGACUUCUCCUGACUGGCACACCACUACAGAACAACUUAUCCGAGCUCUGGUCACUUCUCAAUUUCCUCCUCCCAGAAAUCUUUGAUGACUUGGGCAGUUUUGAGGCCUGGUUUGAUGUAGACAGAUUGACAGCAAGUAAUGCUGAUGAAGAAAUUGUGAAAGAAGAACAAAAGAUGAACAUUCUGUCGAUGUUACACCAGAUUCUUACACCCUUUAUGCUUCGGAGGCUGAAGCAGGAUGUGGAGUUGAACAUUCCACCUAAGAAAGAAAUUAUGGUGUUUGCCCCUCUGACUAAAAUACAGGAGGAGUUUUACAGCAGUCUCAUAGAUCGUACCAUUUUACAGCGUGUAAAGUCCACAAAGAAACCUGAAGAGAAAGUUGAAGUAAAUGAGAAAGGGCGUCCGGUAAGGAGGACAACCAAGAAAAAAGUAAACUACCAGCUGAUGAUGGCAGAAGAGGCAGAUCGUGCUGAGCUAAAGAAAACACAGAAAGGAAUAGACGAUGACGAGGAACACCUGGCUUCAUGGAUAGCUGCUAUCAACGAGGAGACAAAAAAAUCUACUUUGACACCAGCUAGGGAUGUUGCUACACCUACCUCCCAGGUAACCAUUAAACUUCUCAAUGUGGUGAUGCAGCUACGUAAGUGCUGUAAUCACCCUUACCUGUUAGAAUACCCACUUGACCCUGGGACAGGCAACUUCAAGGUUGAUGAGGAUGUCAUCAGGAAGAGUGGAAAGAUGCUGUUAUUGGAUCGCAUGCUGAAGGAGCUGAAGGUCAGAGGUCACAAGGUGCUGAUUUUUUCCCAGUUUACCACCAUGCUGGAUAUCCUGGAGGAUUUCUGCUUUUUGAGAUCCUACAAAUUUUGUCGUCUGGAUGGCUCUUGUAAUGUUCAAACCCGACAGGAAUCAAUGACAUCGUUUAACACUGACCCGGAGAUGUUCCUUUUCCUCCUGAGCACCAGGGCAGGAGGACUUGGUAUCAACCUGGUGGCCGCGGACACAGUCAUUAUCUAUGACAGUGAUUGGAAUCCCCAGUGUGACCUGCAGGCACAGGAUCGAUGUCACAGGAUCGGACAGACAAAACCAAUAUGUGUGUAUCGCUUUAUCACUGCCAAUACUGUUGACCAGCGUAUUGUGGAGAGAGCAGCAGCCAAGAGAAAAAUAGAGAAAAUGGUAAUUCAUAAAGAGAAGUUUAAAAGUGGCAUUAGAAACUUCACUACAAGCCUGCAGCCACUAACCCAGCUAGAGUUAAUGGACCUUCUGAAGUCCAAUGACCACCAGUUGGCAGUGAACAGUGGUGGAACAAGCAGUGUGAUCAGUAAGCGUGACCUGGAACGACUCUUAGAUCGGUCUGACCUAUAUGAGCAGUGGAAGGCCUCUGGAAACAAGGAUGAUGGUUCAUUUGUGAAGAAGUCUAAGAAAACGUUGAGGGAGGUGAAGGGUGUGUUCAAGGUCAUGGAUGAGGAUGACGUAAAUGAUGAGAUGGAUGAUGAUAGCAAGGCUACAUCCUGAGUCACAACUGUUAUGUGACAAAGAGAAAGUCUUGACACGAUA